UUGAGCUGCCUCGCGAUUGGCUACUUUAGCCUAGUAGCGUCGCGCGCUCAUGACGCCAUACGCAGAGGCGUUACGGCUACAAGAACGUGAUGACGGAGGUCGGUCUCUCUUUGCUGCAGCUACUGCGAGGAUGAAGACCAUUCUCAGCAAUCAGACUGUUGACAUUCCAGAAAAUGUGGAUAUCACUCUGAAGGGACGCUCAGUUAUUGUGAAGGGCCCCAGAGGCACCCUGCGGAGAGAUUUCAAUCACAUCAAUGUAGAACUCAGUCUCCUUGGAAAGAAAAAGAAGAGGCUCCGAGUUGACAAAUGGUGGGGAAAUAGAAAGGAACUGGCUACUGUUCGCACUAUCUGUAGUCAUGUACAGAACAUGAUCAAGGGUGUUACACUGGGCUUUCGUUACAAGAUGAGGUCUGUGUAUGCUCACUUCCCCAUCAACGUCGUUAUUCAGGAGAAUGGUUCUCUUGUUGAAAUUCGAAAUUUCUUGGGUGAGAAAUACAUCCGCAGGGUUCGGAUGAGGUCAGGUGUUGCUUGUUCAGUAUCUCAGGCCCAGAAAGAUGAGUUAAUUCUUGAAGGAAACGACAUUGAACUUGUAUCAAAUUCAGCUGCUUUGAUUCAACAAGCCACAACAGUGAAAAAAGGAUAUCAG